AUGAGUGACGAAAAAAUAUUUUCAUUAAAUCAAUCAAAUGUUCGAUUCUUAUUUAUUACGGCUAAUACGGGUUCAAUAUUUGAAAAGCCUGAGUUAUUAUCCACAUGGCUUCUCGAAUUUGGAAAUCUUUUACGUCGUCAUCCAUCAGAUUUUAUAGCAUUACAUUGUCAAGAAGUUGGCGGAAAAGAUUAUGAAAAAUAUAUGCAUACAUUGGAUCAAUUUAUCAAUGAUUUAUUACAAAUACCUGAAUUAUCUUCGGAUUUUAAUCGUCAUCGUUUAUAUUUUGAUUCUGAUUAUGGAUCUCAGGAAACAUUUACAGCACUUGGUUGUGCAUAUUUUAUUCGUCAAAAUCUUUCUGUACAACAAUGGAAUUUUACAAAUUCAACAUUUCAAAGUGUUGUUAAUCGUCAUAUUUUUGCCGGUAGUUUGCGUAAUGUACAAACAUUACGAAAAGAAAAAUAUCCUCGAGAAUUCUUCCCGGAAGCAAAAUGGUCUCGAAAAGGUACUACACAAACUCGUUGGUUAAUAAAUGGCUUUAUUUUUGACUUACUCAAUGUACACCUAUUCCAUGACGCCUCAAAUCUUUUAGCAGCUGAACGAAGUCCAUCAAUCUAUAGUAAAUGUCGUCGAAAUGCAUUAGAAUACACAUUACAAAAUUUACCACUUGAUCCAUCUGGUAAACAUGUACCAUAUGUUAUAUUUGGUGAUUUUAAUUUUCGAUUAGAUGCUCAUCGUUUAGUUGAAGUAAUUGUUUUUUUUUGGUCUAAUUGAAUAAGAAAAAUAAUUUAUUCUAUUAUAGCAUAUAU